AUUGCCUUGGUUUUGAGAUAUCGAUUUUAAACUUUUUGUUUUCUCCCCAAGAAGCUACACAUUUGUCGAAACCACUGAUAUCUUGUAUUGAAAACUCUAAACGAUAUCUUCAUGAAAUUUGUCAUGGAUUAUUUCCAAGUAAACGGUACCAUCUCCGAACGGACGACGUUCUUUCUUGUUUACAUCUCAUUUCCGUCAAAGAUGUGAAAGUAUGUACAUAUGUUCCAACUUGCCAAGUACAAUAUGCAUACAUAUAUGCCUCUGCGUUUUGCCGUCAAGACCCCGCUGAGUAUACAAGUAGCUUUGCUUUUUACAUUAGAAAAUGAAAUAAAUUUUAACUCUUGAAAGUGUGUUUACAAAUUUUAAGUUAUUCUAAUAUAUCAUAAGCAAAAUUUUAAGUGUGCCAAAAGUUUAAAAACAUUCAAAAAAACAUUGAAAAGUAAAUAGCAAACCUUUAGCGGAGAGAAUAAUCAGCGAGCAUCGCGCCUUUUUUUUAGUUUAUGGAAAGCGCUUUCCAUUCUACACAGCUAAAGCUAGAGGAUCAGCAUAUUGAGUCAGGUGAAGGGGAAUAUUUUAGCAGCAACGCUAUCGAUCAACAAACGUCACAUAAUAGUUCGCAACGUUUGAUUCCGCUGACCCCACAAGUAGUUAACGCUAUGAUGGAAUUUAAUGGCUCCCAAUCAAGCACUAGCGUCUCGGAUAAAAACUUCUACAACACAUUCUCGAUAACUUGUUUGGUGCGCGAAGAAGUGCAAAACAUUUUGCAAGAACUAUGCGUUACCGAUCAGUUUAUACGCAAAGAAGAGAUCGACGCACUUAUAGAACGUUGCCUGCGUGAGAAAGUGCAUAUCGAGAGCAAAAGCCAAACGGUUAGUGCAGAAUCUUUGCCGGAAGAAAAUCAAGAAAUUGAAGUCACUGUUGAAAUGCUAAAUGAGACGGACAAGAAUAAGUUGAUCGUUGAGAAUUUCCAAAUACUCGAACAACGUAUUACCAAUUUGGAAGAACGUAUUUCUACCGUAUUGCAGACGGUGCCAAAAUUACGCCACUUGCAGGCGAAGAAAUUCAAAAUCAAUACAGAAGUCAUACGUGAGGAGUUGCGCAAUGUUAUGCAAAGAAUGGUCAUCGAUGAUGCUGCAAAGCCAGUAACGACCAACGAUGCAAAGACCACGUCGGAGAGUGAAGUCAAUGAAAAGAGCACUUUAGAAACGAUAAGUGAUGACAAAACCACCGAAACGAUUUCGGAAAACAAAGUGAAUCCCUACGAUGACAUGUACUACGCUGAGCGUCAAAAUGUUAUGAAUAUAUUGAAUUACAAAAAAUCCAAAGCCACUAUGGAACUUAAUCGCAGGCCAUAUUUAAGUCCACAUAUAAAACCGAUCGUCCGAGAAUUGGAGAAUAUCAAAUUUAAACCCAAACAAAAGGCAGCAUUUAUCACAGAGUAAAAUCGCUAUAUACAUACAUGUGUAUGUAGAUGAGUGAAGUUUCGGUGAUGCAUUUCAUAAAUCAAAUCAAGUCGAAUUUCUAUUAUAUUAAAAACAAAUAUUAGUUUAUUACCAAACAGUUAUGUGGAAAGCGAAAUAUAAAAAAUGCAAACCGCAAAAUAUUUAAAUGAAAUGUGUCCAUGCAUGUUUUGUAUAUGU